CGAUGACGUCACGCAGCCCGGAGCGGCUACAAAUGCGUGAUGACGUCAUGCGCUGUCUCUUUUGGCGCUGUGCGCUGCAAGGAUGAAGACCAUCCUCAGCAACCAGACUGUGGACAUCCCCGAGCAAGUGGGAGUGUCGCUGAAGGGCCGCACGGUCAUUGUGAAGGGGCCCCGAGGAACACUGAGGAGGGAUUUUAACCACAUCAAUGUGGAGCUGUCCCUCCUGGGAAAGAAGCACAAGAAGCUGCGUGUUGACAAGUGGUGGGGUAACAGAAAGGAGCUGGCAACAGUCCGCACAAUUUGCAGCCAUGUACAGAACAUGAUCAAGGGAGUCACUCUGGGCUUUCGCUACAAGAUGAGGUCGGUGUACGCUCACUUCCCCAUCAACGUGGUGAUCCAGGACAACGGCUCACUGGUGGAGAUCCGGAACUUCCUGGGCGAGAAGUACAUUCGCAGAGUGAGGAUGAGGCCAGGUGUUACCUGUGCAGUAUCUCAAGCCCAGAAAGAUGAGCUGAUCCUUGAAGGCAAUGACAUUGAGCUGGUCUCCAAUUCAGCUGCUUUGAUCCAGCAAGCCACCACAGUCAAGAACAAGGAUAUCAGGAAAUUCUUGGAUGGUAUCUAUGUUUCUGAGAAGGGAACAGUGCAGCAGGCAGAUGAGUAAAACUCACAGCUGUCUGGAUCCCAGCAGUAUUUUACCAUGAGACAUUGUCCAGCAAUCCCAGCUGUGAACAAGGUGAUAACAUUAGAUGUCAGUAAAAUAAACUAUAUUUCAUAUCUUGA